GCUCAUGUAAUUUUUAACAUUUGUUUCUUGCAAGUGAAUAUAUUUUUUGUGAGGUUUGCCUUUGAAAUUAUGAAGGUGGGUGGCAUGGAUAAGUAUAACCAGACAUUUGUAUCAGAAUUUCUUCUUCUUGGUCUUUCUGGAUACCCAAAGAUCGAGAUCAUUUACUUUUUUCUAAUACUAGCAAUGUAUCUAGUGAUUCUAACUGGCAAUGGUGUUCUCAUUGUAGCAAGCAUCUUUGAUGCCCGUCUUCACACCCCCAUGUAUUUCUUCCUGGGAAACCUCUCUUUCCUGGAUAUCUGCUACACAACCUCCUCUGUUCCCUCAACACUGGUGAGCUUAAUCUCAAAGAAAAGAAACAUUUCCUUCUCUGGCUGUGCAGUGCAGAUGUUCCUUGGAUUUGCCAUGGGGUCAACAGAGUGUUUGCUCCUGGGCAUGAUGGCCUUUGACCGCUAUGUGGCCAUCUGCAACCCUCUGAGGUACCCCAUCAUCAUGAGCAAGGUGGUGUAUGUGCUGAUGGCUUCCACGUCCUGGCUCUCUGGUGGAAUCAACUCGACUGUACAAACAGCUCUUGCCAUGCAUUUGCCUUUCUGUGGGAAUAAUAUUAUCAAUCAUUUCACAUGUGAAAUCUUAGCUGUCCUCAAGUUAGCUUGUGCUGACAUAUCCCUCAACAUUAUCACCAUGGUAGUAUCCAAUAUGGUCUUCCUGGUUCUUCCACUUCUGGUCACUUUUUUCUCCUACAUGCUCAUCCUCUACACCAUCUUGAGAAUGAACUCUGUAACAGGGAGACGCAAGGCCUUUUCCACCUGCUCUUCUCAUCUGACUGUGGUGAUCAUAUUUUAUGGUACCAUUUUCUUUAUGUAUGCAAAACCCAAGUCCCAGGACCCACAUGGGGAAGAUGAGUGGCGAGCUUCAGAUAAGCUCAUUUCCCUAUUUUAUGGGGUACUGACCCCCAUGCUGAAUCCUAUAAUCUAUAGCUUGAGGAAUAAAGAUGUAAAAGCUACUGUGAAAUGUCUCCUGAACUGCAAACAUAUCCAAUAA